AAAACAGACCUCCCUGAAUAAUUAGUUUUUCCACUUUAUGGGGGGGGGGUCCCUUUGGUCCAAACACUGGUCCAACAGUCACAUGAACUCUCUUAUGUUUAAUAAAGAUGAGAUUGAUUCAAAUGUGAUGUGAGGAAAUCCAAAAUUGUUAACCGGCCGCGCCGUGUUUUCCAGCAGACUCUGCGCAGAGAGCUGGAGGAGAUGCUCGAUAAUGCCAUGCUGGAGCAAAGGGGCUCCGGCAGGGGUCUUAUACGCACAUUUGUACACGCUCACAUUUGCCUCUGUGGGAAUGGGGAAGUUUGAUAUUAGAAAUAAACUUUCCACUUUGCGAAAAUGCGUUGAAGUCUCCGCUCGCCUCAGAGCAGUACCAGUUAAACGCAUAUUGGUGUCAUUUGUCUUCGUCUCAAACGCAUCAGUAAUUGUUUUCACAGCUCGUGCCCAGCACACAUUCACCCACUGACAGGACAGCGGUGGCGAACGCUCCAUCCUCAAAUCGCAAGCCCACAUAUAUAUAGCUAUACCGGCGUGAAUGAGGAGAAAACUGUGCGAUAUGGGGCAGACGAUGGCACAGCGCUACCCCAAUGAAUAAUGUAGAUGGGCAUCAGCAGCGUGCGGCUAUAGAGUCUGCGAAAACACAGACGCUGGGGGAAAUAAACCUACAGACUUUAAUGCUCGUUUAAACGCGACUUCGAGUAUGGAAACGGGUCUGGUCGCGAAUCAUCAAGUGAAAAAUGUUGGACGCGGAGAUCCCCCUCCUUCGCCUCAUCAUCGCACACCUCCACAGCAACAGUCGCGAGCAUUCCAUCAGCAGCACCAGCAGCGAGCCGCGCACAACAACAACAACAUCUCCAUCACCAUCCACAGCAGCAGCAACCGCGCAGAUCCGCAGCAUGGAGGAAAAGAAGACGCUCUGGAGGCGCAGGUCGAUCGCCAUCCGCGUUUGCUGAACACAGGCGACGAGGAGGAUCGCUCGUCCAAAACCGGGGGGGAUCGAAUGGGCAGCAGGUACGAGCACUCCAACUUUGGACCAGCGAGCAACAAUAACAACAACAACAACAGCGGCGGCGGCGGAGGCAGCGCGUCCCAAAGCGGGAGCAGCUCAGUUUCUGAGUUUAAUAAUUAUUACGGGAAUGGAAGAGGAGGGCCUUGCUUUGAUCAACAUGGCGGACAACAAAGCCCUAGGACGGCUUUAAUACAUCAGGCACCGGGCAACAUGGAUCAAGUGCAGAACUCCCACGAAGGGUACCAUAAUAAUCCGUACAACCACUAUCCCAACUACCGGCCGGGGUACGGCGGCGCUGGAUACGGUAUGAUGAGCCCGUCGCGGCAGGGGAACAUGAUGGGCCCAGGUACCAAUUCGCCUACCGCUGCUGCUGCUAGCCAUGGCAAGGCUGCUAUGGCCUCGACCACCCCGGCUCCUGGUGCCAAUGUUGGGAGCUUUCAGAGGUUUCCCGGACAAAACCAACAGCACCCUUCUGGAGCUACACCCACCCUGAACCAGCUCCUGACAUCCCCGAGUCCGAUGAUGCGGGGAUACGGUGGCGGCUAUCAAGAUUACAGCAACCCGCCAUCGCAGCAGCAGCAGUCGGGUAUGGGUUUGGGCAAAGACAUGAGCUCCCCGUACAGCCCAGCUGCCAGCCACAGCUGGGCAGCACAACAAAGAAACCACCCGGCAAUGAGCCCCGGGAACAACGGCAACAGCAGAGCCCAGGUGGCAACUAUGGACCCUAUGACCAUGAAGCGUUCUCAGAUGUAUGGGAUGGGCAACAAUCCCUAUUCCCAGCAAGGAACUUAUGCCGGACAGCCAUACGGAUCACCCACUGCUCACCGAUAUCCAAUGGGAAUGCAGGGCCGUGGGCAAGUUGGCAUCGGAGGAAUGCAGUACUCUCAGCAACAGCAGAUGCCAGCUCAGUAUGGGCCACAAGGAAUGAGUGGCUACUGUCAGCAGGGGCAGCCUCCGUAUUUCAGCCCUCCACAACAGCAGUCCGCAGCCCCCUCUCAACCCCCCUACAUGCAGCAGCGAGCUCCAACACAACAGGACACACUGCAGGAGGGAUAUGGCAGCAGGGGACAGUCUGGAAAACCAAACCACGAUGACAUGGGUCUUACUCAGCAGGACCGCCCGUCUAGCCUCCCGGAUCUCUCUGGCUCUAUUGACGACCUCCCCACGGGAACAGAAGCAGGUCUCAGUUCAGCCGUCAGCGCUUCAGGCUCUACCAGCAGUCAAGGCGAGCAGAGUAACCCCGCUCAGUCCCCCUUCUCCCCCCACGCCUCACCCAGAGUUCCCAGCAUGCGCAGCGGACCCUCGCCCUCCCCAGUUGGAUCUCCUGUGGGUUCCAGCCAGUCCCGAUCUGGGCCCAUAUCACCUGCCAGUGGGCCAGGCACACAGAUGGCCCCUCAGACCCCAGGGAAUGUUCCAGACGUGGGCUCCCAUUCCACUCACAGUCAGUCGCCUAUGUCUCAGGAGAGAGGAUAUGCAUCAAACAUGCAGCGCAAUGCACCUGGUUCCCAGUUUGGAGGUCAGCAGCCUGGACCUUCUAUGUCUCCACACUCCUGUCCGACUGGCCCUAUGCACCACAGUGUGGGUUCCUAUCAGAUGGGCCCUUCUUACGGGCCUCAGAGUGGCCAGUAUGGUCCUUCAGGUAACUACCCGCGUCCUGCUAAUUAUGGCGGUGCACCGGGUGCCAACUACAGUGGCCCUGGUCCAGGCAUGGGCAACAGUCUCGGCAUGAAUGCCAGCAGUCCAAUGCAUGGCCAGGGUCCAGGGCAACCCUGUGGCUCUAUGACGACAGCUCGAGGUCCAGGACAUGCGGCCGGUGGCAGGCCGUACCCAGCGGGCUCCAGCAGUGUUGCUCCAACCUCUCCCAACAUGCCUCAGUCUGCUGGCCCUGGGAUGGGUCCACCUCCACCCAACGUUGGCCGCAAACCCCACGAGAGUGGUCCUGCAUCUGCCCAGCAGAACCUCGUCCCCUCGAGCCAGGCCAGGCCAGCCGGGUAUCAAGGUGGCUCCCACAUGCUUGGAAUGGGUCCCGGAGGGCCUUACAGCCUUCCACCAAGCAAUAGCUCUGCCAGGAUGACCCCUCAAGGUCCCUCUUACAACACAAUGCCCACAGGGCCCAUGACAGGCUCAGGGGACACCAUGAUGCCCACCGAUCCCAAACAGAGAGCUGAGCACAAGGAGGAGGGCAGCACACCCGCCACAGAGCCCCCUAAGCCAAAGGACAACUACGGUUCUCAGUGUGUGUCCCAGCCUCCAACCCCGUCCCCUCUGUCCCCUAGCCCAGCUAGUCUGUCCUCUUAUCAGGGGGACGACAGCGAUAGCAUUAGCAGCCCUGCCUGGCCAAAGAACCCCAGCAGCCCUAAGCACAGCACAGUGAACAUGACGAAUGAGAAGAUAACGCGGCUGUACGACAUGGGCUGUGAGCCUGAGAGGAGGGCAUGGGUGGACCGCUACAUCGCCUUUAUGGAGGAGAGGGGCACGCCGGUCCCUAACCUGCCUUCAGUGGGCAAGAAGCCGCUGGAUCUGUGCCGCCUCUACCUCUGCGUUCGUGAAAUCGGAGGCUUGGCUAUGGUAAAUAAGAACAAGAAAUGGAGAGAGCUGUCCACCCACUUGAAUGUGGGGACGUCCAGCAGCUCGGCCAGCUCCCUUAAGAAACAGUAUAUCCAAUACCUGUUUGCCUACGAGUGCAAGGUGGAGCGCGGAGAAGAACCUCCACCUGAUGCGUUCGCUAUGGGCGAUGGCAAGAAGCAGCAACAGCAAGCCAAGAUCCAGCCACCAUCGCCUGCAAACUCAGGCUCUCUUCAGGGGCCGCAGACUCCUCAAUCUACAGGCAGCAGCACCAUGACAGAAAUGCCAGGGGACCUGAAGCCGCCAACACCCGCUACCACACCGCACGGACAAGUCACCCCUCAGCCUGCCGUCAGAAACAGUGGUAUUAGUGUGCAAGAUCCGUUCUCAGAAGGCAGUGACCCAGCCUUUCAGAAGCGAGGUCCCAUGCAUGGAGGCAGCGGAGAUGCUACCUCUAGAAUGCAGUUUGACACUAGUAAGGAUCCCUUCGGAGCCGCUAGGAAAGGUGGCUCUGAGUCCUUCGUGCCAGGACAGAUGCCAGGUAGUGGCAUGCAGGAAAUGUAUUCCCGUGGGCCGUCCUCAGGGAUGGGAAUGGGCCCACGACCCCAGUACUCUUACAACCCUGGUUUUGAAAGGAGGCCAGACCAUGUCAUGGGUCCAGAGGGGGGAAUUGCAGCUUCUGGAAAUCAGAACAACAUGGUGCCUUCCAGCAGCGAUCCCAGCAUGUUCUCAGGCAGUAGAUACGCCUCUCAUCAGAGCAGACACGGCCAUGAUGGAUAUGGGCAGCAGUACCCGCACAGCAUGCCAUACGGUGCACAUGGGAUGUAUCCGCAACAGCAGGGUUAUAAGCGGCCUGGAGAAGGGAUGUACGGUCCUCCUGCUAAGCGGCACGAGAGUGAAGCCUAUGGUAUGCAGUACGGUGGUCAGCAGCCUGAUAUGUACAGCCAAUAUGGUUACCCAGAGCGUAGGCCCAUGCAGAGCCCAUUCCCUUAUGGGUACGGCCGAGAUCGCAUGCAGCCAGGUGGGCAGGGACCUCCUCAGCACAGCAUGAUGAGCGGUGGACCACCCCCAUCCUCCAACUCCAGCGGCGGGCCUCAGGGGAACAUGUGGCACACUAGGCACGACAUGGCAUACCCUUACCCCACCCGACAGAGUCAUGGCCCUCCAUACCCCUCAAUGAGCCGUGGGGAUGAUCCGGAAGCCAGGGUCAGUCAGGAAAGUCAGUGGCCCGGUCAGCGCCAAUCUCCCUACCCGUCACACUCUUCGUCCUCUUCCAGCUCCAUGCCCCCCAUGGCUAGCCGGCAACCACCUUCUUCCUACCAAUCUCCUCCAGCAAUGCCAAACCAUAUAUCUCGAGUUCCAAGCCCCGCACCUUUCCCUCGCUCUGUGGGUGGCUCUAUGUCACCUACCAAGGCUCAUAUGAUGGCGUCUCUGAAGCAGAUGCAGAAGCCAGGGGGCCCAGUGUCCAUGCCAAGCUCUCAAAGUGGUGGUCUUCCUGGGCAAGGCUUCUCAUCAAUCCAUAGGGAAGUCAAUUACCCUCUGGACUCUGUGGAGGCCACACAACCCCAGCUUAAACCUCGCCGAAGGUUAACGUCAAAAGACAUUGGCACACCAGAGGCUUGGCGUGUGAUGAUGUCCCUUAAGUCUGGCUUGCUUGCCGAGAGCACAUGGGCCCUAGAUACCAUAAAUAUUUUAUUAUAUGAUGACAACACAGUCUCUUCUUUUGGUCUGUCUCAGCUGCCUGGUUUCUUGGAGCUCAUUGUUGAAUUUUUCAGAAGGUGUUUAAUAGAGAUCUUUGGGAUCCUUGAGGAAUAUGAAGUUGGAACAGAGGGUCAGAAAACUCUUCUUGGUUCAUGUUCAGAACCUACAGAAAAACAGCAACCUUCCACUCCAGACUUCAAAAGCCAAUCCAUUGCGGAACAUGUGGAGAAGCGAUUAGACGUGGAGCCUGAGAAACCUCAGCCCAGCAGCUCAGCAGCAGCACUCGUCAUGGAGAAAAAAGAAGAGUCAGCAGAGGAUAAGGCAGAUGACGAGGAAAAGAACACUGGUAAAGAUCCAUGUCCUCCUGUGGAGCCCAGACCCAAGCAGGCCAGUAAGUAUGACAGGCUUCCAGUGAAAAUCGAAGAGAAAGACGCUGAGGAGGAUUGUGUGGAGGAUCGAUCAGAGCUGCUAGGUCUUGCCGGGGAGUUCAAAAGUGGUCUGCUGCACUGGAAGGCAGGCGGCGGGGACUCCACUGCCCAUAUCCAGACCUAUUUCGAGAGAAGCUGGGAAGAGGAACAGCCUCUCGAGAAUCAGGAAGGUGUGCAAGCUAUUGGAAAAGAAACGGUUGAAGAGCAGCCCAGAGGGCAAGAGGAGCUGAAAAGAGAACUCCCAGGGCCUUCAGAGGAAAACUUGACAGCCACUGUAGAUGAUGUGCUAAAAUCAAAUCCAGGGUCCAUAUCUGAAGGUGAAUCUCAGACAUUCCCCUUCCGCACCAGGGAGAACAAGAGCAGCAUUACUUUGCUGGAAGAUGAGCCGCGGUGCUGGGAUGAAGCACCUCUUUCUGUAGCUGAAAGCUGGCAGGAUGAGUUGGCCAAGCGCUGCAUCUGCGUGUCCAAUAUCAUCCGCGGACUCUCCUUUGUCCCAGGCAAUGACAAUGAAUUGGCUCGGCACCCAGGUUUAGUGCUCAUUCUUGGCAAACUUGUGCUUCUGCACCACGAACACCCUAAAAGAAAAAGGAUGCCAGCUACUUACCAGCGAGAAGAAGAGCGAGGUCUGGCUUGCAGCAAAGACGAAUGGUGGUGGGACUGCCUUGGUGCCUUGCGUGAAAACACCUUGGUCACCCUUGCAAACAUUUCGGGACAGCUAGAUCUGUCCGUUUAUCCAGAAAGUAUCUGCCUUCCCAUUCUGGAUGGGCUGCUCCACUGGAUGGUGUGCCCUUCAGCAGAAGCCCAGGACCCCUUUUGCACGGCAAAUGGCUUCUCGUCCCUCACACCGCAGAGGCUGGUGCUGGAGUGCCUGUGCAAACUGAGCAUCCAAGACUCGAACGUUGACCUCCUGCUGGCCACACCGCCCUUCGGCAGACAGGAGCGCCUCUUUGCCACUUUAGUGCGGCAUGUUGGUGAUCGAAAGAGUCAGGUGUGUCGUGAGAUGGCUGUAGCCGUUCUCUCUAACCUUGCACAAGGUGACCCAACAGCUGCCCGAGCUGUUGCCCUGCAGAAGGGCAGCGUCGGAGCCUUGAUAAGUUUCCUAGAGGACAGCGUUGCAAUGGCGCAGUAUCAGCAAAGCCCUCAUAGCCUCUUGCACAUGGGACACUCUACCCAACAUGAGCCGCCCAGUAUCAACAUGAUGUGCCGGGCCGCCAAAGCCCUGCUGGCCAUGGCCAAAGUGGAAGAGAACAGGCCCGAGUUUGUCCUCUUCGAGAGCAGGCUUCUUGAUAUCUCGCUGUCCUCCGUGCUGAACUCUGGAGUGGCGGCCAUCUUGUGUGAGGUACUCUUCAAGCUCGGCCGCUCGUGACACGCACAAAAGAGCGGGAGCCUAUAGUGCCAUCACGGGAACGCACGGCUGAGCUGAGCCACAGAGAUCACACAGAACUGUCGGUGUUAUAUUUUUAUUUAAGGAAAAGAACACAAACAAACAAAAAAAAGUUUUUACAUACAAAUGAAUAUAUAGAGAAUAUAUAUAGCUCCUCUGCCCCAUUUCCCAGUUUUCAUUUGGGAUUUUUAAAUGAUUUUAAUACAGAUAUUUAAUACUUGGUCUUUUCGUUUUUUUUCUAUUCUUUUUUUUUAUUAUUAUUUUCGUUUCGUUGCGUCUGUGUAUUUUCUUUCGUUUGUUUUAACCAAAGUUGGCAUCCGAUAGAGUUAGAUUUUAAGAGUAUUUUGCUCUCAAAAUGUUUUGAUGCAGUGUUUUGUUUGUUUUCUCGUGGGACUUUGUUUAUUCGGGGAAUGCAGAUUUAUUUAAAUUUGUGAGACAUGUUGUAGAUAGAACUUCUCUUGCAAUGUGUUGCGACAUAAGAAAAAAACGAAACAAAAAACAAAGAAAAAAAAAACACACUGAUUUUAAGACAUACAUGUAUACAGCUCUGAAAAAAAAAAAGCAUUGUGCAAUAGAUUUAGCUGGCUCAGAGGGGAGAUGAUGAUGAAAUGUGAAUGACCACAGGCAAUGUUCUGAUCUGACCACCAGUGUUGCACUGUUUCACCACACCAGUAUCUGAGGGUCAAGCGAGCGUCAGUUUCAAACCGACUUGCUUCCAUAUUAGUGCCGCCAUAUAGAGAGUCCCUCUCUCUGACGGUGAACUCAAAAGUGCUUCGGUUACCCCUCUAUUCUAUAUCCACGGGUCGAUUUGUAUAUAGGAACUGUACAUUAUAUGGGCCCCUUUUCACAAUUUUUUUUUUCCUCCAAGAGAUGUGGUAUUAUACAAAGUGAGUAGUUAAUGCUACGCGCCAUUGACAUUUUGCAGAUGUAAAGUCACUGUUUCAGGUGAGGAAAGUCUUCAAACGUGUAAGGGGGCGUUCAUACAGGGGCGUUUUUGCAUUUGAUCUAAGCUUAUUUUUUUUAAUUGUUGGACAUAUUUAGUUGAUGUGCUGCACAUUGCUGUUUUCAGCAUCUUUUAGUUAAGUAUUUUUAAACUCUUCCCAGCAGAUCAGUGUCAGUUUUACGAUGGACCAGAUGAAUUCGGCUGCUGGAAAAGCAUCUACUGAAUUGAGCAUGUACAUUAGCGAUUGCAUACGGGGGUAAUGACAUGCCUGUAAAUGCACUUGUUCAGUUGCUGUUUGUAAUACACGAACGCAUCCUUUGUGAAUGCCUCCGAAGACUUUCCUGUGGAGUUCUGUGUGACAGAGAUGGCAAUGGCUCCCUCUAAUGGCCUUAGAUUUCGGAAAUUACAGGCUGAACAGAUGGCAUAAAUGUAAUUCAAUGUGAAAGUUACCCCAAAAAUGACUUAACGAUUUUAACAAGAAGAAAAAAUAUGUACAACUCUUUAUGUAAGCUCUUUUUGCUCCAUAUGAUUUGAUGACCAUUGUUUAUUCAGUAUAAAGUCUUUAUACAUGUUCCACAUGUUAAAAGUAAAUGUACAUGAAAUUUGGUCGAGCACUGUGAACGUUGUUCUUCAGUGUUGUGUUAUUUUUGUGUGUGCGUGUGUGUGUGUGUGCCAAGAGUGACUAAAGAAGGUACCAAACCAUAAAUAGCAUUAAUAUUGUAAUCUUUUGUUUUAAAAAACGCAAUUCACUAGCAGUUAACUAAAGUUUUCUUGGAAAUCGGCUCAUUUUACACAUCCUCUAGAGCUGGGGUGCCCAAACUCUGACCUGGUGUCCAGCAUGUUUUAGUUCCAACCCCAAUUAAACACACCUGAAUCAGCUA